AUGAGCAAGCGGGAGGCUGCGGUGAUGGGUCAAGCUGAGUACGUGGCACCGACGCCAGGCGCCCAUGGACCGCAUAGUAGACCACCGCCCCACCCGGCACCACUACACACGUGGGCCAACCACUUAGAGGAGAAGGAGAAUGCACAUGAACCGGCUGCCGCACGUCAUGCCACAGAGGGGAUGCGGGAGGUGCCUGUGUUGGGUUGCCGCAUGAAACGGAAAGAUCCCAUGCACUUCGGAAACCCGCACAAUAACACUGCAAACAUGUUAGUGGAACUGGAAUGUAUUCUUAUGUACGUAGAACGCGUGACAUCGUCGCUUUCCCACCGCACUCGUGCCCCAAUGCCGCCUGAGUCUGUUCGUGUAAUAGCGAGCUCGGUUGUGGCUUCACAUCGCACUGCAGGUGCCGAGCAGCAAGAGUUGGAACCGCAGCACUCGCUUGCCAUGGAUCUUCAUGACAGUGCAAACAGUAUCCUUGCCUCUAUCUCCGAGCUUGGCUAUGUAACACUUACCCAAAGUGAUACACUAGACGACAUUGAGAGGAAGAUGAGUACAACGGCGAGAGACGUCAACGUUGCACUAGACGCAAUGGCGUUGCGUUACUCGACUCAUGAGGCGCCAGAUGUGCAGGAGUUUUUUAUGGGGAAUCAGAAAAUACUCGAGGAGUGUCGUCAGGUAGUGGAAGGUCUGACACAGAGGGCGCAUCAAUUACUCGCGCUGCGCCGCGUCGUCGCUGAGCGCGAUGCACCACGGGCAACAAAUUUGUUUCAGGACCAUCAAUGGGACGACCACAAAAAGGGUGUGGCGUGCCUGCAAAAUCCAUUUUUGACAUGGAUGGAGAAAAAGUGGUUUCCCGCCAUGAAGGCAUGGAAUCACAUUAUUAUUCAGACACGUGAGGCGGCGGAGACUUCCGACGUUGCCUCCGCGAUUGCAAGAGGGCGACAGGAGACAUUUGCCCAAAGCGAUUUGCUUGGCGAGGUUCUGCGUCCUGGCGAGACACUUUCGGAUUUAAUUCGCAAAGAGCUAGUGGAGCCGCUCGCACAUUUGGCGGCGUCUUGUAGAAAAACUCAGCAACAUCUGAGGGCGCUCCGUGCGGCCAUUGCGAAGCCGCACAUAAAGGAGCUUACGGAAUGCGUGUGUGCCGUUGAAGAACUUGAUGCGGCUGGCCUCUUGAAAUUGGCGGCCGGCCGUGCGCUACUGAAGGAGGGCAAGCAGCUUAUCAUUCGCCUCCAGCAGGUGGAGAACUUGGAGGGGGCGUUGCGGCUGGCAGCUCAGGUUGGCGAGACGGUGGCGCUGUUUCGUACAAUACACCAUUCGAAUGAGGUUAUCUUUCAGCUUGGCAUUGCAGGGGACGCUGCCGUAAACAAGGAAAUUGUGGACCGCUGCAGCGCACUUCUUGAGGAGAUGAGCAACGUCGACACUGUUUUACAUGCCGAGUUUAUCGCGAGACGUGUUGACGCGGUAUCAAUAACUGUGGCACAUGUGCCUUCACAAAUAUGGUCAACCAAAGUGACGGCGGCGUACCAAGCCGCCUGUCAGAGUUUUGCCGCUCGCACGGCGCAGGAUCUUGUGCGCCUGGACCUGAAACGCGUUCUACAGAACGGGGAGGCCUCUCAGCUGAAUGGGUCAGGGGGCACUGCAGUGGAAGAUACCAGCAACGCAUCCUCGAGUAAUUGUCCACUGCGACUUGCGCGAACGCAGUGUCGGGUUCCGAUGUUGAGGGCGGCUCAGGUGGGUGAGCUACGCGACGUGCUAAAGCGUGCGACUGAGGUGGGGCUGAGUGGGAAGUUAGUGCAGGAUGGCGAGGCAUACCUUCGCUCAGUUGAGGCACUUAAGCUGAAGGUGCACUUUGACGCACAGCUGCGGGUUUUGCUGAUAUCAGACCCCGAAAACGCCACCUUUGGGGACAUCUACAAAAAGGUCUCACUACUUUGCGGUGGGCCAGGGGGUGAGGGGUCAGGGUCUCCUGAGCGGAAACUGCGGUUACGCUACCAGGACGGCGACGGCGACUGCAUUUCACUUGUGACACAGGAGGACUGGAAUGCCUUUGUGGCAGAAGAGGCUCCCAAUGGCAUUUGUGGCGCAAAGCUUGAGUUAUACUGCGACUACAUGCAAAUUCCACACACAUGCCAUACAGACACAAUCUUGAGCCCACACCCUGUUGAGGAAGAGGUAGAUAUUUUUGCACCACCACUGACGGUUGGGUUACCUGCGCAAACCAGCGCAAAGAAAAAAAAUUCCAAUUGGCGUUUCUGGGCUCACAGCGUCGGAAUGGGGCAGUCAUGA